CAAAGUAGAAAAUAUACUGCUAUGAAUAUUUUUUUUCUUUUUUAUGACACAAUAUUUACUUGAAUAUUUCUUCCGUUGCAUCUCCCAGUGACAACAAAUACCGUGAGCAGGACCAGACUAUUCCGCCCUUGCCCCCUCGCACCCAGUUCGGGUCGGAAGAGGGCCAGAGCUAUGAGAACAUUGCAGAGGUUCCCAACCAAAGACAAGAAACACUGUCCCAUAAACUACGUGACCAUCAGGAGAACAAGGGCAACCUUCCUGAACAUAUGCCGAUCCAGGACCAGAACCUUGUCAAUCUGCAUGACCAAGAUCAGAACCUCGGCAGACUCCAUAACCAAGAUUGGCACCUCAACAAUUACCACAGCCGAGAUCGGAACCCAAAAGACCUCCAAAACCAAGGUCAGAACUUGACCAACGUCCAUAAACUCCAUCAGAAGACCGCACCCCCCGACACUCGUGAUUGCACCCUGACCCAUGUCCACAUCCAAGAUCACUACCUGAGCAAUCUCUUUAGCCAAGAUCAGAAUCUAGGCACGUACCAAAACCAAGAUCAGAACUCGGCCCACACCCAGGAUCUCCAUCACCAAGAUCAGAACCUGAUCUGCCUUUACAACAAUGAGCAGAUCCCCGAUGAGCAGCCAGACUACGUGGAGGUAGAGGAUCAAGACCAAGAAGCGUUCCCUCUGGUUCCAUGGUGCGAGGAGGUGCUGGAGCUGGCGGAAGACACGGCAGAGGAAUAUGACGACGUCGAAGAUGAAAACCAAGAUGAGAAGGACUACGAUGAUAUUGGUUGAGUCUCCAUUUUGGUCAGGGGCCAACGCUAUGAAGAAGAAACUGCCAUACGGUGGUACUGCAAAUUCUAACCUUUUUUUUUUCAUUUGACGGCCACCUGUGUUGUGUUCCAUUGAGGUAUUGACUCAAGAUGAGGUGUUUAUUUCUUCAAGGAUGAGAGAAUGCAACCUUUUUACUUUCCGGAUUUGGAUUUGACGCCUCCGGUUCGUGGUAUUUCCAUCCAUUUCACCGGGAAAGGAUGAUUUGAGGCGUUGAGUGUUUUGAGUUACGAAUUGUACUCACAAGUUAAGGCACCAUUGAACUUCUGUCUAGGAGCAAAGAGAAAAAAAAUGGGUUUAAACCUCAAAUAAGUGUUAUCUGUGAAAAACGCGGAUUGCCACCCAGAGACGACACCACCACCAACAACAAAAAAAACAUUUCAAAAUUAGAAGAAUUUUGAAAUCCACGAAUACGUGAAUCCAAGUACGCGAGGUUCCAUUGUACCUUCUGCGUACUUUCGUCACCUCGAAGCAAAGUUGAGCUUUUAUUUUCCGAGUCGCAUAUCCGCCAUGUUGUCUUACUUUGGCGGGAGCUAACAAGAAGUGGCCCACUUUGAGGUACACACCCGCGAGCCUUAGCGCGUUCGUCGCGUCGACUUCGCACUGCAACGUGAGCCGCCAGCCGCAGCAGCAGCGAGAUGUGAGCCGGCCGCGCGAAGGACUUUUUGCCUUCCCCAAACUCUUCUUUUGUCCAUUUUGAAGGACGUUACAAACUCCCCGCGAUGGACCCCGCCGCUUGUCCCGACGGCUACCGGGCUCUGAGCACCGGCGAGCUGAGGGAGCUUUUACAGAGCGACGACAAAAUGGAGCAAAUCAUUGGACUCAAUGAGAAGUUUCAGGAGCUUCAAAUCGACAGGGAGAUGAUGAUGGCGUCCAAUCGCAGCCUGGCCGACGACAGCCUGGCCCGGCGGCCGUGCCUUAAUAACGGCAGACUCCAGUUGGCCGAAAAAUACCGGGAGCUGUCCAACGUGGCAACCACGUGCUGGGAAAAACAGAGUCAGCUUGGAGCCCGAGUCCAGAAGCCCAGCCUGCAGAGCGCCCAGAACCUCCUGCAAGAAGAGGUGGCACGCGCCGAGGAGAACUCGGAGGAGCUGCUGGACACCUUCAUGGAGGGGAACAUGAGCCUGGAGGACUUUUUGGACUCCUUCCAGCGCUCCAGGACGACUUACCACGUGCGGCGAGCGCAGGCGGAGAAAAUGCAGGACUUGAUCAAGAAGCGGCCCGGCGCGUCCUCGCCGCCGCCCGCUUUGCCGGGCGGCGUCCCGGAGGAGGUGAAGGCGGGCGCGGCGGAAGCGGCGCGGCCCAACGGCUACGUGGCGCAGGGACCUCUGCGGGUUUUCCAGGUACGCUACGGCCUGACGCCGGCCAUCCUGCUGCCGCGCUACCCGCUUGCUCCCGUUUCCCCCGCCGCCCCAACGCAGCCGCGGCACGCCAGGACUCCCCCGCCCCACCCCCACGCGCCGGGCCCCGGCGGCCCCCUCCAGCCGGUGGGGCUCAGGGUGAUCGGACAGCUGCCCGGGGGCUGGCCGCCCGGCGGGCGCCCGCUACGACUGCAGCAGCUCUACAGGCCCAACCCGCAACAGCCCCAGCCGCCCCUCCGAUAGGCCGGCGCCGGAGAGAAGGCGGGGCCAAAGCUUCUCGGAGAGCUUGUCCCAGGAACGGGGAUCCUUCCGAAGGCGGCGCGCCAUCCGUCCCGUGAUGGCGCCACGCUGUUACCCGGCGGGAUAGUCGAUUGGAUGGGACGGGCGCCGGAUCCGACCGGCUUGGACUCUGUUUUGGGGGCCAAAACGGCUUGAUUGAAGACUCGAAACCAUCUGCAGAUGCGACCAGAGGUGGGUGGAGUGGCCACCGAUUGUACUCGGAGUAAGAGUGCCCUUACUUUCCAAAACUAUGACCUCAAAGUAGGCCUCCAAAUAGUCACUUCCAUAUUCAGUCAGAUAUCGGGGGGGGUGCUCUCGCGGUGAACGUGGCUGCAGGGGGGUUUUCAAGCUCCGUUUAUCUCCAAUUUUCUCAAAAGACCACAAAUUGUUCCUUGACGGGAACGUGAAUGCCUUGAAUGGACUGGUGAGCCAUCCAGGUUGCGUGGUGCGAGCUCAGCUGGGGACAAAUUCUCAAGGUGUUGUCGCGGAAUCCAUAUAUACCCCCCCCAAACCUCCCCUUUUUAUUUAUUGGUGUAAAUCCUCUUUUGAAUGUCUGCCUUCAAAGAGCUGCCGCACAUUUGCAAGAUUUCUCCCUCAACCCGUCGCGGGAGGCGACGCCAUCCUCGCUUUGGGGGGGUGGGGGGGGGAUUAGAAUCAUUGUCUCUGAAUUAAUCCGCCCGCUAUUCCCACCAGCGAGCGAUCAGACCACGUUUACGCCGCUUUGACAAACUCCUACAUGAGAAGAAGUGCCUUUUGGCCACCGGUGCCCAGUCGCAUCCAUCGGCGCUCUCGUUGCGAGCGGUCGCCUUUGAAUGAGAUUCCCCUGGGGAGCCAACGCCGGCGCUGCAGAAGAUUUCCGCGUCUUGUUUUCGAGCCUCUUGAAAAUGCCCUCCGAGAUGAGUCACGAAAAGCGCGACCUAGAUAAUCGCGCGGCGGCGUCUCGCUGCUAUUGUCUCACUCACAUCUGCUCAAGAUGAAAGCAUUUGAAGAAGUCAAAUGAAAAUGCCGCAAUGUAGCACCACCUACUGGCCAGAGGGGACUUCAUGCAAAAACGCUUUUGCGUUGAGUAUCGGUGGCCUCGGCCUCAUGUCGAUACCUGCUAGCGGUAUUUGGCCAUCCCUAAAAAGAAAAGAGUCAAAUGGACCCUUUUCUGUUUCUACCGCAACCCCUCGCUCCUUUUUGAAAGAAUGUGACCUUUGACCUUUCCUGAUCGUUUGGCGUUUUUUAAUUUUUUAUUUAUUUUUUCCCUGUGACGCGUUUCCUGGGCACUGGUGGCUGGAUGUGCACUUUCAUGUCCACUCAGGAAAGGAAAAUGCUCCAUUUUGGCUCAACAAAUGGAUCCCCACCCCCCAGAAAUAUAUUCAUAUGUAUGACCC